AUGGUGCAUACAUGUACUAAUAAAUUUGACUUUCCAGUUCUAUCAGCAGCCUAUCAAAAUGGUGACCUCCGCCUUGUGGGAUCAGACUUCAAAGCUGAAGGUCGUGUUGAAAUUUACCAUCGAAACAAAUGGGGAACAAUUUGCGAUGAUCGGUGGGGCAUGGAAGAGUCUAUCGUAACUUGCAAGCAGUUAGGGCAUCAUUUAGGAGCUCAAUAUUGGUACUCAAAUGCUUAUUUUGGACAAGGCAAUGGUACUAUCUGGUUGGAUGAUGUUACUUGUUUUGGAAAUGAAACUAAAUUAAUGAACUGCACUCAUAAUGGAUGGGAAGGCCAUAACUGUCGACACUAUGAGGAUGUUGCAGUUGUUUGCAGAAUAGAAGGUACAUCAAAACUCAAAAAUUUCUGACUAAAUAAAUUACAAAAUUGUAUGUCACUCUUACUCUGCAUGUAUUUGUAUCAAGCUCCAACAUGAUUGUCUUUUUUGUAUGCCUAUCACAUCAAGGGUUAGAACGUUUUGAGCCGCCACUCAAUCAAAACUGGACAAUACCUUUAUUCGCCUUGUACUUAAUUACAUACAUGAAAGAGAAAAAAAAAAUAUAUAUAUAUAUAUAUAUAUAUUUAUUUGCACUUAAUAAGGCCUGGGGCUGAAAUAAUCCUAAGAUUUUCUAGCCAGUUCUCCAGAAGUAUGAGGAUGUUGGAGCAUAACAUUUUUCCCAUAUACACUGUUUGUACAAGUUGAGCUGUAGACACUAGGAUACUAAAACUGCCAUCCUUCUUGUUCGUAUAGAGAAUUACACAACAGGAGCAUGUGACUUUGAGAAAGGCCAUGGAAUGUGUGGAUAUCGAAAUAUUAUUGAAAAAAAAUUUUUUAACUGGACAUUUGGAGGCAGGAAUGUAAAUGGCUAUCGCUGGCCUAAAACUGAUCACACAACUGAAUUUUCAACUGGAAAAGGUAUGAAGUGGGAUACAGUAGCAUAUGAAGUACAUGUAUUUAUUCACAGUGCUCUCUCUUCUGUUUCUUUCUCAUUUUUUUUUUUUUUUUGUCAUUCUCAUCUGAGUAACUUACUACUUCAUAUACCACUUCAAACCACGAAUAUUCAUCUUUUUAUUACGAUUCAAUACAACCUAAGUUUGUGGAAAGAAGUUUAAUUAUAAAAGGAAAUAACUUUAGACAUUGAAUGCGAGUUUAUAACCUUUAAGGUGGCCCGAAUCCAUUUAUUUGCACGUUGGUUGUGUUUUUGAAUCGGCUUUUUCGGCAGGAAUGAUUUAUUAACUGAUUUCUAUGAUUUUUGGCAUUCUUAAUAAAGAAUUGUCGAACUUUAAGAAAAUGUUAUUUAUUUUCUUACAGGUAUAAAAACGUUUGAUAUAUCGGCAUAUGUUAAAAUCGGCAUUUUUACAAAAAUGUCAAUAAUUUUAAAACCCUAGGACAGAUUUUUCUCUAACUUCGGUAAGCUCUGACUCUAGGUUCAUAUCUGAUCUGCAAGUUUGAAGUCAAAGAAAAAAGGAAAAAGGGGCCUGGGUAGCAAUGGCGUAAGACGUGUCCUUGAUCCGUCCGCCACAUAUUCUAUUUUUCCCGGGUGGUAAAUGGAAGAACUGUUGAAAAAGAUCUUGGAAAGGAAAAGAAGCGAGCGUUCCUCUUCAGAGGAGUCGAGCACUUCACCAGAAGCAAAAAAAGCGAGGAGUGAUGAAGUAAACUCUCCUGAAGAAGUCGAGGAGCACGAGGUUGAAGACGAAAUCUUUACGGUUUUGAACAUGGCCGAAGGUUUUCAUAAAGCUUUGGAGGAGAUAAAUCGAAAGCUGGAAAAGCUAGACGCUAUCCAAACAACAGUAAAUGAAGUCCAAACGUCCCUUCAAAAAUUGGAAGGAAGAAUACAGAAGCUGGAAUAUUCGCAAACAACCGCCAGCCACGACAUUGAGAACUUGAAAGAAAGCUUAAAUAAAGCUGAGAAGCAACAGCAGAAUUCGACAGCGAGCCUAAAAUUUUACCAGGAGAAAACAGAUCUCGCUUUAACCGAUUUGCAGAAGAAAAAUGUUGUUUUAGAAGCUAAGCUUAAAGAGGUACAAGACAAGAAUCUCUAUUUGGAAGCCUACUCGAGGCGGGAAAAUAUAAUUUUUGAAAAUAUUGUGCAAGAAACAGACAAAGAAGACACUGAAUUAGUUGUUCGCACCUUCCUCGAGACGGAAUUAGGAUACAAAGAUGCAAGCACCGUUGAAAUACAGAGGGUUCAUCGCUUAGGAAAGAAGAAGGAAGAAAAGCCCAGGCAAAUUAUCGCAAGGUUCCUCCGCUAUAAGAACUGUGAAGAAAUUCUAGCUUUGGGCUCCCGUUUGCGAGGAAGCAGAUUUAAAAUGUAUCAAGAUCUACCCUACGAAAUAGUAGCAAGAAGAAGAAAGCAAAUGGACACUUUUAAAGAAGCUAGGAAAAAUAACAUCCCUGCAUCUUUUAGUCGGGCACAACCGGAUAAGCUCUUGAUAAAAGGUAAAAUUUGGCCAGUUGGUAAACCUCUCGAGAUACCAGGAUAGGUGAGAAUGCUUCUUCAUCAUGUCAUUACUCAUUAGGUAACCAAGAUCACGUUAGUAUCGUUUGACCACAUUUGCCACCCGUUAUUAUCAAUUGCUAGAUAAUUAUUUAGGCGAUCGGAAUAGAGGUUCGUAACAGAUGGCGCUUCGGUUUUUCUUAUCUGUCUGUAAGAUUCUAGGUAAAAGUCCUAACUUCCCCCCCAUGUCCCUUUACGAAGAGGUUUCUUAUUUAGUUGUGUUUAUCUGUGCAUGUUCUGUUUGGUUUCUAUGUUUUAAUAGCUUAAUCAUUUGUUUUAGAAGUAAACGCCUAGUACAAAUUCCUAUCAUACCGUGCAGUGAUUGUGGAGCUUUGACACCAGGUGAUGUAAGGCUUCCUCUGCAAAGCUGCCCAAGAGAAUAUCUAUGGCUUUGACAAUAGCAUCACUAAACGUCAGGGGAUUAAGAGACAAUACAAAGCGUAGAGAGGUGUUUAAUUGGCUUCGCAAAAAAAAUUACUCGGCAUAUAUGCUACAAGAAGUCCACUGCACUGAAAAUACUAAUCACGUAUGGUCUGCUGAAUGGGGCUAUCAAGCUAUUUUUAGUACUUAUAAGAGCAAUAAAGCAGGGGUAUGCAUCCUUUUCAACAACAACUUCGAUUUUCAAAUAGAAAAAACUUACACUGACCCCCAAGGACGCUUCAUUAUUUGCGACAUUAAAACCAAUGAAAAGUGUUUUACUUUAGGGAACAUAUAUGCUCCUAAUGAAGACAACCCAACUUUCUUCCUUGACUUCUUUGAUCACCUUGCAGAUUUCAAAUGUGAUGAUAUUAUUAUAGGAGGCGACUACAACCUUGUACUGGAUUUAGAGAAGGACAAGAUGGGUGGUCUUACUAAAACUCACCAAAAUAGUGUUAAAGUUGUUCAAGAAUUCUCUGAGAAACUAGAUCUGGUAGACGUCUGGAGGAUUCUACACCCAGACACUAGUAGAUUUACCUGGAGACAACGUCAUCCAAAAGUACACUGUAGGCUCGAUUUUUUUCUAGUAAGCCAAAGCACAGUUAACAUCACGACCCUCGCAGAUAUCGUCCCAGGUUAUAAAACCGACCACUCAAUGACUACGUUAUGCUUAUCACUACAUUCAAAUCUACGUGGACCAGGUUUCUGGAAACUAAACACAUCUUUUUUAACUGAAUUGGAUUACGUAAACCAAAUUAAAACAACGAUUCAGGAAACACUCGAUGAGUACAAAAAUGACGAAUCGGUAAAUCCUUCACUUCUUUGGGAAAUGAUAAAGCUAAAAGUGCGCGAAAAAUCGCUCCGCUACUCCAAGAGCAAAACAAAGCAAGCUAAACAACGCGAAACAUUUCUGGAACAAACAAUUGCCAGAUUAGAAGCGGAUCUCGAUAAUAAAAACUCCGAUGAAAUGCACUCCUUACACCUGGAGGAACAAUUGAAUGAAAGCAGGCUUGAGCUUGAAAAGAUAAUUGAAAUCCGCACCAAAGGCGCAAUUUUGAGAUCUAAGUCUAAAUGGUAUAAUGAAGGAGAGAAAAACACCAAGUAUUUUCUUAAUUUAGAAAAACGACACUACAAGCAAGGGACAAUAAGUCAAAUUAAAAUAAACGAUAGCGAAUUUGUCACCUCGGAUAAAAAAAUAUUAACUGAAUGUGUGGCGUUCUAUAAAAAUCUCUACUCAUCCAAAGGUAACACAUACAACCAAGAUGGUACAACUGUUUUCUUUGAGGGUGGUGAUGAAAGAGCCAUUGACGAACAUGAAUUAACUUCGUGCGAAGGAGUUUUAACUGAAAAAGAGUGCCUUGAGGCUUUAAGAGAUAUGGAAUCAGAAAAGACCCCUGGGACCGACGGCCUACCAGCCGAAUUUUACAAAGUGUUUUGGAAAGAUGUAUCCAGCACCCUAAUUAGCGCACUGAACUACGCUUAUGAAACUGGAAAACUCUCAAUAACCCAGAGAAGAGGAAUUAUCAAACUUAUCCCUAAGAAAGACGCAGAACCGUUCUUUAUUAAGAAUUGGAGACCCCUAACCCUCCUGAACAGCGACUAUAAAAUAGCGGCAAAAUCAAUUGCUAAUCGCUUGAAACCUCUCCUCCCUGAUCUCAUUAAUUACGACCAGACUGGCUUUAUAAGAGGUCGUUUUAUCGGAGAAAACAUCCGCCUUAUCGAUAGCGUUAUUUGCUACGCUAAAGAAAACAAUAUACCAGGAUUACUUUUGUUUUUAGAUUUUGAAAAAGCUUUUGACACGAUAGAAUGGCCUUUCAUUAGGAAAACCUUUCAACAUUUUGGUUUUGGUAGUAGCAUCUUAAAAUGGCUAAACCUUUUCUAUUGCUGCCCAGAAAGCUGCGUUUUGAAUAAUGGUUGGGCGAGUGAUUUUUUUGAAAUCCAAAAAGGUGUAAGGCAAGGCUGUCCCCUCUCACCUUAUCUGUUUGUUCUGGCAGUAGAAGUUUUAGCUAAGGCAAUUCGUGAAAAUAAAAGUAUUAAAGGGAUCUUUGUAAACGGUAAAGAAAUAAAACUAAGUCAGUAUGCAGACGAUACAACUCUUAUACUAGAUGGAACAAAGGAAUCGUUAAUAGCCUCUCUCAAAACACUGGACGAUUUUUAUGAAGUCUCUGGCUUAAAACUUAAUGACAAAAAAACAGAAGCCUUUUGGAUUGGGGCAAAUUGUAACAAAGAUGAAAUAUCAAUUGUCGGAAGAAACUUUAAAUGGCCGAAGUGUAAAGUUAAAGCUUUAGGUGUCUGGUUUUCAAAUGAUCCGGAAGCAACUGCAACUUUAAAUUAUAAUGAAAAACUAGAUAAGGUCCGGAAUGUUUUGAGCUGCUGGAAAUACCGUAGACUUACCCUAGUUGGAAAGAUAACGGUCCUAAAAAGUCUGGUUGCCUCUCAGCUCGUUUAUGUGCUCUCACCUUUACAUACAAAUGUGAAAAUUAUCAAAGAAGUAAACAAGUUAUUUUUUUCAUUCCUCUGGAAUGGAAAAGGAGAUAAAAUCAAACGAGACAUUAUAACAAACGAUUAUGCUAAUGGAGGACUUAAAAUGAUAGACAUACAGUCUUUUAACAAGUCCCUGAAAGCUACAUGGAUUAAAAAAUAUCUGGAUGAAGAGAACCAGGGAAAAUGGAAAUAUUUUUUUGAUAUAGAGUUAGAGCGAUUUGGAGGCACAAUAGUCCUCACUAGUAAUUUAAACAAGAAAGAUACCAUUGAGAAUCUCAAGAUUAAGAAUAACUUUAUAAAAGAGAUACUUUCAAUCUGGGCGGAAGUCAAUUUUGAUGAAAACAUAACGUCCGAGAAACAAUUUCUUGAACAAACUUUAUGGUACAACUCACUCAUUAGAAUCGAUAACUGCCCCGUCUUCUAUCGUGAAUGGUUUGAUCGAGGCGUUACGAAAGUGAAACAUUUGAAAGAUGAACAUAACAAAUUUUUAUCACUAGCUGAGCUGCAGCAAAAAUACAGCCUCAAAGUUUGUCUUUUAAAGUAUUUCGGACUAGUGUCUGCUCUAAAAUCUCUUUGGACUACAUGUAAAACAAACUGUAUCAAAAACUGCAACAAUUAUGAAACCUUUGUAGUAAGAUUAACAGAAUGCCAAAGUGCGAGCAAACUUGUAUACACCAAGUUGCUUUCUACAAAAUGCAAGUUACCAUCCCAUAAUCAACAGAAAUGGCUAAAAGACUGCAACGAAAAUGAUGUGGAGGCGAUUAAUUGGCGGGAAGCCUACCAGUUGGCCGCUAAAUAUACUAAAAGUACAAGAAUUAUUGAAUUCCAAUAUAAAUUUUUACAUAGACGAAUAUCAACGAACGACUUCUUAACAAAAAUUGGCGUAAAAGACAACCCAAAUUGUUCUUUUUGUAAUAAUGAACCGGAGAAACUUCUUCAUCUUUUUUGGUCUUGUCCUAAAGUGGCCUUUUUCUGGCAUAGUUUAUCUCUUAAGCUGACUUUGCUCCACAUUACACCGGAACAUUACACAUUAGAUAUAUUUGUUGCACUUGGUCUAAAGCCGGAUUCUUCAAAAAACUGCCAGCAAAUUAAUUUCCUUUUCCUUCUAGCCAGAAAUUACAUCUGGAUUAGCAAAAGAAGGGAAACCUCGCCAAAGAUAGCAGGCUUCCUGCAAUACCUCAAAUCAUUCUACCACAUAGAGACCACUGCAGGUCCCAUUUUACCAAAAAAAUGGGAAAAUGUGAGCUCCUUAUUUCAGUAAGCCUUUGAUUUUGUAUACAUUUGUAUAUCUCGAUCCUCUGCUCAUUUUCUCCAGCAUUAACCUGGUGUAUCUUUUGCUUCACAAUCGCUGCCUCUUUAAGACACUUAAGAUAUAAGUGCGUUUACCGUGAAUGUUUGGUUUUGUAAAUGUUGGUUUUGAAAUACAAUUACUAAUUAGAACUGCUUGUAAAUAGUGCAUUGUAGUGUGAGUAGUGAGUAGGUAAUGUUGUAAGUACUGAGUAUUGUAAGUCUUUACAUUGUAAACAGAGUAAGUACCUUAAUCUAUUGUAUUCUAAAUAUUGUAUUGUAAGUAGUGUAAGUAUCGUAGUGUUUGUAAGUAUUUUUGAUUGUUGAUUGUCGAUUGAAUAAAUGUUAUUAAAGAUAAAAAAAAAAAAAGUUUGAAGUCAAUCGUGACCGUAGAACUCGCUGCACAAAUAGCGGGUCAAAUUUAACCUUAAAAUGCAACGCUAACACAUUUGUGAAAGUUGACACACAAAUAGAGGACAACUGCCGACAGACUAUCUCCUCUCUUGCAAGGGUAUUCUUGCCCAAAGCUUCAGUUGCAAGAAAUUUAGUAAUCAGAAACCUACGGCGAAUACAGUUCGCAAUACAAGAAGAACAACUUUAUGCUGAAUGAGGGGCAAGAUUAAAUAACUUCUAUUUAUCAAAGUUGCUGUAUAUUUUCCCUUCCUUCUUGUAAAAACGAGGUUUUAAACAUAUGCCGAUAUCUCAAACGUUUUUAUACCCACAAGAAAAUAAAUAACAUUUUCUUAAAGUUCGACCAUAAUUAUUUAUUGAGGACGCCAAAAAUCAUGGAAAUCGGUUAAAUCACUCCUUCCGAAAUUCAAAAACAUAACCAACGCGCAUAUAAAUAGGUUCGGGCCACCUUAAGAGCAAGGAAAACUGCUUUUUUAAAACACGAACCAUUACCCUGUGGUAAGGGCUUAUGGUUAUAUGUGACAUCCUAAUUUUAGUCAUUCACGGGAAAUCAAUCAAACCAAACAAUUAAAAACCUCAAUCAAUCCUUUAAUAUUUACCGUUUACUUUAAUAAAGGUUUCUAUGCUACCACUUUCUUGAAGUUUUGGGAGGAUAUCAAUCAGGGUCAAAAAGCACGCUUGCAAAGUCCUACCAUAGCAUCUGCCAAGUGUGUUGAAUUCUACUAUUUUAUGGCUGGCACUACUGUCGGGGAGCUGUUGGUUUACUUGAAGUCAGACAGUGAGGGAGAGAAAGUAGUCUGGCAGUUAAUUGGUGAUCAAGACUAUAAAUGGAAAAAAGGAGCCUUUCCUGUGAACAGCACCUAUAAAAACUUCAACGUUUGUAUCUAUUUAAUAAUAUGUAGAUUUAGCCGAAGCUUCCGUUUAUGCAUUUUAAAUUUACUUCAGACAAUGGACUUUAAAACCAUUGCAAAGAAUCCACAAAUCUAUACUUAACUUUAGGAGAGAACCAUAUGACUGAAAACAAAAACAUAAACUUGAACCUGCGAUCAAUUAAAAGCUAACAACUGGUCAGCGGAAAACGUCAAAAAGCACGUGGCCUUCGGCCUUGAGUUGGCAACUAAGCCCGCUAUACGGUCAUGUGACACUGGUCAGCGGAUACGGAAAGUUUGACAUUUGACAUUGGUUUUCCUGCAAUGCGGACGGACGGACGGACGGACGGACGGACACGUGAUUACCAAAAUGUCUCGGAUGAAUAGACUACCAAAUUUUGUUGGGUAUCAAGUUCCCCGCGUGGAGCUCAAGCUUUUAUAUAACAAUUACAAUUAUUUAUAAUAUAAUCUCAUCUUAUUUUGCCUUUCUAAAAACGAAUUAUAAUGUGUUUACAGUUUAUAACUAAAACUGCAAAAUGAAUAAAGCUAUCUUAUUAGAGGAAAGAUUUACAUAGUCUUAAAAACACCUCAUUGAGACUGGGUUAGUAAAAUUUUAAUUCAGGUUAGCAAUGACAUUAGAGCGGAGCCUCCGCAUGCGCGCGUUUGGGAGCCUCCAUUGCUAUGGAAAAUGGAAACCUAUCGAUGCGAGAAAAUUUGGUUAAGACGUCAACGUACGCCCACCCGUACAUAGCGACUGGCAGGGAGGUAUUAAGUAGACUCUGCAGGGGUGGGGGCGGGGAAGCAAGACAUGUAGCUUGCGUUUGUCUUGGCGAAACGUGAACCAGUUUACCUAGAGGCAGCCAAUGGAGUUUUUAAAGUAAAUAUAUUUAGUUUUGUUUGUUUGACUUUCGACGAAAAACUUUGAAAAGUAUUGUUUUAAGGAUGUGCUUUUAACUCGGUCACGCUUUUUAAAAAAUUCACACCGAGAGCCCUUAUGCAGUCUCUUGUUUACACAUAACUGUUCCAUUCAGGGCCCAACAUAGGAAAACAUAAUAAACUUAUUACGCAUACAAACGGCCAGAUUUUUCUUUUAGGUCUCUCCUAUUUAAUUAGGGGGCUUUAGCAACGAUAGCGUCAAAAAAGCAAAAUUUUUAUUUUAAAAAAAUCAGUUUUGCACGUGCAUCACGCUAUUUUAUACGUUUUUUGUCGUCACUGCACGACUUCGACGUGAAAACGCUUAAUUGCACAUUUUAUGGAGGACGUAAACAAGCGACGACGAAUUCUUUUGGAGGCAGCGUGGCCGAGUUGUCGGCGCGUCGGACUCGCAAUCCAGCGGUCCCGGGUUCGAGUCCCGCUCUGGCCAGUUGCUGGAUUUGUUCUUGCUCGUCCCAAGUUCAAAUCCUUGGCCACGCUUGUAAAUAGCCAACUGGUGCAGCCUCCAGCCAGUUGGGGUUUUUCUGAAUCCUGUUAUGUUCUAUUUGCAUCAUUUGGUCCAGAAUUAUUUAAGGGGAGUGCCUGUAAACUAGCUGAAUAAGCUACUUGACCACUCCAGAAAAUACCAUAACAUACAAUAAUGUUCUUUGUUUGUUAACCCAAAUUUUGCAUAAGCAUUGUAUUCAGUUUCUCUUGGGAGUGAAAAUGGCCCCAAGAGAAACUGAAAACAAUGCUUAUGCAAAAUUCUGGGGUGACAAACAAAGAGUAUUAUGGUAUGUUAUGGUAUUUUCUGGAGUGGUCAAUUACAUUUUCCACUUUAAACAAACCUUUAACCUUUUCUUUCUCUUUCUUAACUUGAGUGCGGUCCCAAGAGAUCAACCCCUGGAAGAUUUGCCUUCAUUUGACAUUUUCAGCAAAUUGGAAUAAGUGGGACAAAGUUUGACGAAAAGCGAAUUCAUUUUAAAAGUGACGCUUUCGCUGCUGUCGCCGUUGUCGAUUCUGAAACUCCAUAUUGACCUUAGAAAUCGUAAGCAGUAAAUUGUCAACUACCAGAGAGAAUCAGGCAUUAAAACAUUUUUUUGCUGUAAACGUAAGACUUUUCGCUUGAUGGGGCAGUUUUCAUCUUAGGUGUUAUUGCGGGAUACUUUUUCUUAAUCACUCAUCCGAUCCAGUCCCUCCCUAAAAGGAGGAUUCUUUUUAGUGGCUUAGAGUUUAUUAUAGAAGUCUAUAAAUGGAGGCUUCGCUUUUAGCCUAGCCUGCCAAGCAGGCGUAUUUUGGCCGGGCGAAAGCUGCUCGUUUAUGUUCGUACUGUUGAAGCUGCUAUCUUUGGUUUUAUGUCAGAGGAUGAUUCGGGAGAGUAGAAAUAGCAACCCUUGGAACAGGUGCUAGGGCGAAAGAAGGAGGAGGGGGAGGGAAAAAUUCUUUUCUCUUUCGCUGGCCCCUCCCCCGCUCCGUCGAGUUGCAUUUGGGUUGCCAUACCUGGUGAUUGAGUUAUUUUACAUUGAUAUGUCUGUGGUGCGGACGAACGGGCGGACGUACGGUCACGUGAUCACCACAAUUUCUCAGAUGGGCAGAUUACCACAUUUUUUGGGUAUGGGGCGACGCUCAAGCGCACGCAUGGAGCUCCGCUAAAAGAUUGAGGAGAAAUAAACAGGCAGCAGCUAGCAUAAACGAUACCAGCGAGUUCUGGUCCUUUAGAGAUUAUUAUUUGUAAGCUCAGAGCCAAUUGUAGGAUGUGUCUGAUUCGUAAUGUAAUAUAUGCAUCUUUUUUUAACUCUGUAGAUCAUUUUUGAAGGUAUUGCUGGAACAGGAUUUUAUGGUAGUGAUGUUGCUAUUGAUGAUAUAUCUGUCAAUCUAUCUUCAUCCUGCGAGUUCCACCCAAAAGAUGCCCGUCCAGUACCAGCAACAACACAAUCUAAAAGUAAGUCAUUUCACAAGUUAAAGAUUUUUAAAUCGUAAUCAGAUUUCAAUAAAAUAUGUUGCAUAAGAUUUCCAUUAUUGUUGUUACAACGUUUUCCAGGUUCAAAAUAGCAGCCUGCUGCCCGCGUCACUGGUAAUUUCACCUUGUUGCAAGAAUUUUUUUAAUUUUUGAUAAUUUUUUUUAACGGAGUACCAAUCACGGUUAAGACAGUACAUUUUGUGUCUGUUUGAUGCGGUUAAAUGCUUGUGUUCAUUGACAUAAUAAUGACUGGCUGCGCAUUGCAGCAUCCGACUCAAUAGCCUGCAGUGCAGGCGUUUUCUUCAGACGCGUGAAUGUUUUGCUCGCGAAAGCGCAUGUUGAAACUCGAAGAUGGCGGUUACAACAGUACGAACAUAAACAACCAGCUUUCGCUCGCUCAAAAUACGCCUGCACUGCAGGCUACCGACUGAAGAAAACAGAAUGUUGUGGGCUGGGAAAAUGAUACUCAACCCUUGUAGUUUUGAAAAGACUUAAGUUCCUCUAGGAUGACCGAACAGAUACAAAUUUUAUAGCGCCGCUCAAAAUGCAUUUCUAGACAUCUAAGAAUAGAAGUGUUUUAGGAGGAAACCGUCGUUGAAUGCCCCUGUUUGGUCUCUCACUGUUACUACACUACUUCAAAGUUACCAUAUUCAAAGAUGGCAAAAGCUCUUUUGAAUUCUACAAAAACGAAACAGCCCAAAAACCGUUAUUUGUUCCCCAUCAAUCCUUUCUUGUAUAGUGGAAACUCGUGGUUAAAGGAAAUCGCUUAAAUCGCAAUUUAUCGGGAAAAUAACCACAUAGCAAGCAAAAACAAGCAAAGUAAAUAAGGUGAGGUGUAUUUUAUUGAAAAUUCUAGCGAGUAUUUUUCUUCUUGAAUCUUUUACCUGAAUUCCCACACAAAUCCUUUAUGUUCACGGCCAUUUUAAGGAUUACACAAUUCGAGACCACGCGUAUUAAUGAUUGAACCCAUCAACAAUAGAUGAGUGUGCGGAAGGUGCCUGAAGAAGCGGAAGGGGACCGCAAGCGAUCUUAGAAGGUAACCAUGACAACCCUGAGAGAGGCGCAGAUACUUACCAAAACAGCGUCGAGAAAGGAGAGAGGGUUGGGGGCAAUAAACAACUAUAACUACUGCACGCAAAAGCAACGAGAGCAAAAUGAUUGACUCCUGCGAAAGCACUGUAAAAUCACUAAGGCCCUGCUAAACCCCGAGAUCGCCCCACAUACGAUUAGUGAAGGAGACCGCUGGCCAGCAUUGCCUCGGGUUUGACCUCGCCUAAAUUACAUUUAGCCACAUUUAAACUCUCAUACAGAGCUUGGGCCACCUGUGCCUUGACUGGAACAUUUAAACCACUAUCUUUUAACGGACACCUAGAGUUGGUCCCUGCCUUUCUUUACUCAUUUUAGGUGUAGCCUGCGUUGCAGCCGGCCCACGCACUUGUCUAAACCAUCUGCGAGUUAGUGCACAAAAGCUCGUUCUAAUAUAUUGCAGAGUCGCAAGGACAUAUGUGAGCGUUUCUGAUAGGUGGGUUUCUUACGGGUUUCUUAAACGCCUCACGAUUGGCCGAAUUCUUAGGUGUGCGUGACGGUUGGGCGCAGUGACAUGUCAAAAUUCACAGAAGAGAGUUGGCAAGGACCCGUUUACAGUUUACAGUAAACAAUGAAAGAGUAGUUCGAACUUUAACGCCUUCUUGUGAACAAAAAAUGCUUUUCGAGAAUUCCUUCAAGGCCAGAGUUUGCUUGUAAAUUUGUCGACCUGGUUUUCCAGCGUCUUAUUCCAGUCGCUGCAGAUGCACUGCCGUGUAUUCUGCAAUCUAGCCGACAGUUCUAGCAUCAAAACAAAUCAGGAAAUCAUGAUAUUCACGUUCAAAAAACAAAACUACACACAUGUAAUUAUUCAGGUCCAGGCAUUUCAGAGAAAACCAAAGAAAGUAAGCUUAUUUAGCCGCAAUAAAAAAGCUUACGGCUUAGUAGACUGCAAAACAGUCCGUAUUUUUGCGUAUUCAAGUACGCGCGAGUAGUCAAACAAAAGGUCUGGAACGAGGCUGAAAAGUGAGGCUCGCGCGCUUCGCGCGCGUAAGAUUCUUACGGUACGGUCUACCGGUUUCUUUACUGAUUUUGAGAAAAAGCCGACUGUUUUGCAGUCUAACGGCUUAGUAAAAGAAAAUCAUUUAAUGGUAAACUGCAUCUGCGAUCAUGAUCAAAGCCCUGAUCAAAUCCUGUCACUGCAGAAACAUAAACCACAGGAACUAAUUACUCAGAAUGCAUGGAACAAACCAGCUUCCUAAGACUCCUAACCUCUAAAUGUGAGACUGAAAGCGGCCAAAGAAAAAAAAUUGCUCAGUCAAAGUGUAGAAUACUCCAUGCACUGCAUAAACUACACAAAAAGAAAACAAGAAAAACCUCUGUUAUUCAAGCUGACUCUCAGGUCACGUUUCAUACUAUCGCGAGCUCAAUCUCUCUUGUCACGAGCUAUUAAUCGUGUUUGGCCUGUCAACACUUAAUUCAAAUCGGACUAAUCACAAAAUGCGUAAGAAACUACCCAAUCAAAAACGCCGACAUGAUGUCCUUGCGACUCUGUGGGAUUCGAACAAGAUUUUGUGCACUCAUUCGCAGACGCUCUAUUAAGAAGGUUUGGAGCGUCUGCGACUCAGGUAAUUUAGGUGACUCUCAAUAUGACCGACACCUCUCUAAGACGGACAGCUAGAGUUGAUCCCUGCCUUUCUUUAUUCCCUUUGUUUGACUCUCUAUAAGACGGACACCUCUGUAAAACAGACACCUAGAGUUGGUCUCUAUGAGACGGACACCUCUGUAAAACAGACACCUAGAGUUGGUCCCUGCCUUUCUUCACUCCGUUUAGGUGACUCUCAAUGAGACGGGCAUAUCUCUAAGAUAAACACCUCUGUAAAACAGACACCUAGAGUUGGUCCCUGCCUUUCUUUACUCCUUUUAUAUUUGACUCUCUGUAAUAUGGACAUCUCUCUAAGACGGACACUUAGUGCCGGUACCAAAGGUGUCCGUCUUAGAGAGAGUUGACUGUAUAGUUCUUAAAUAUUAAUUAUGGAGCUUAAACUAUUGUUAUGUUAGGACUGAAUGUUCUUUGUGAUAACAUUUCUUUUUUUAUUGCAGCAAUUAGAUUAGUGCAAAGACCUGGAUCAUCUGUUAAGUCAGCUGGUCGUGUUGAAGUGUACCACAAUAAGAGAUGGGGUACAGUGUGCAAUAAUAAUUGGUUUGACGAUAGUUUUGACAUAAAAACCGCUACUGUUGUGUGUAAGGAGUUGGGUUAUGAGGGUGCUGAACUGGUGGUACCUUGCUGUCAGGUGUUUGGUAAAGGAACAGGUCACAUAUGGCUAGAUCGUGUCAGGUGUCUUGGAACAGAACCAUCUAUAACCAUGUGCCCACAUAGUGGUUGGGGGAAUACAUACUGCAGUCAUGAUUCAGAUAUUGCAGUUAUUUGCAAAACUAAAGAAACAGACAGAUCUGGUAGGUUGAUUUUCAAUAAUGUGCGGCCUCCAAGGUCGAAAAAAUUAAAAUUAACCAACUGUUACAGUUUUCGCUUCCGUUAUUCACCAUAACAAACCUCUCAAGAAACAGGUUUUUUUUAGCGUGUUCAAAAAGUAAGGUCUGUAGGUUUUAAUUUGCAGAUUUCGAUCCUUUUUGUUGUUUGGUUACGUCGGUUUUAUUUAUGGCAUCCUCUACCACGGUAGUGGGAAAUUACUUUAGCCUAAAUCACUAGGCCAUUGACGCUAAAUUUAAAUUUAAAUCACUGGCGCCGUGCGCAUGCUCGGGAAUGAUAUUUUACCUUAGCGCCAAUCCCUACAACUAGAAGAACUGCCUUGUGGCGUAGUCGCCAUUACGUGAGCAUAAAAAGUCGACCUUUCUCGCCAUUUGUUUGUUUUACUCCCGUUUUAAAACCUAUAAGACAUGGUUGUUUACUUUAUCAAAAAAGUAUUUAUCGCUUCUGGAUAUCCAGUUAUUUCGUCUUGUAUCCGCUUUUUUAAUUUGAAAAUUCUGUCCACAAACGAGUGUGGCUGUUGGGCGCAGAACAAUUUGCUAAGGGACUGUAUAAUUUGCAGUGCUACAGCAAUCCCAGAGAUGUUUAGUUUUUGAACUCUAAGCUCAACUAAAAAUUCAUCAUUUUCCAUUUCGUCGAGCUCAAUCGACAGAAGUACGAAUCAAGCAAUUACAAGCCACUAGUACACAGAGGUUUGGAAUGUUUUCCUCUUUGCAGAGUUUGCCGUAAGACUUGGUAACGAAACUGGAGUAAAUUUCCAAGGACGUGUGGAAGUGAACAUUGGUGGUAUAUGGGGUACAGUGACAGACCGUGGUUGGGAUAUAUAUGAUGCUAAUGUGGUGUGUAAGCAGCUUGGCUUUAAAGGAGCCGUUGGAGCAUUCACAGGAAGUAGUUUUGGUAAAGGGAGUGGCCCUAUUUGGAUGUCUGAUUUCGACUGCAAUGGAACUGAGAAUAAACUUGCUCAAUGCAAUCACUCCAAUACUGAAAAACAGAAGAUUUGGGGUCACUAUUUAGAUGCCAGUGUAGAAUGCUAUGGUGAGUACUUACAUUGAUCUUUCAAUGAAUUUGAAUAAUUUCUGUACGGUUAGUAUAAGUAUUAGUAUUAGUUAUAGUAUUAGUGAUAGUAUUAUUAGUAUUGGUAUUAGUAUUAGUGUUGUUAUUGUUAGUGUAAGUAUUCGUAUCCUUAUUUGUUUUAGUAUUAGUAUUAGUGUUAGUAUUAUUAUCAUGUUAUCAUUAUCACUGUUAUUAUUAUUUUAUCAUUUCUUGUGGAAGAGGAAUCUAGACUAAUAAUAUCAAGUUGUUUUGCCCCAUGCAUCCAUUGAAUGCAACGGGGCUUUUUUUGCUAAAAAACAUAAAUGAUUAUGACAUUUCUUUUUUAUUCAUUACACCAGGCAAAAAAGCAAAACCCUAGCUAUCAACGGAAUAGCCAUUAAGUUUAUUCACUAAAAGUUUAUCUGGUUUAUGUGCAUUUUAAUUUGAUGAGGCAGUCUGCUCAAGGUCCUUGCCCAAAAACAGUAGAAAUUUUUAAAAACAAGUCGAAGGACCGUUCUGAUUUUUUACUCAAGGUUAAUACAAUUUAUUUUUUCACACACACACUAUACUUUAUUUUCACACUCAUCGUUUUGCCAUCUCCGCCCGCAAAUAGUAAAAGCUAGACGAGGCGGGCGGAGAGGAAAGGUUACAGCAGUCAUAACAGAUGAUAUUGUAGUCUUAACAGAUGAUAUUGUAUUUCUCAUCGAAAGAGAUUAGAUGGUCAGCAUUAUCUAAUUUGUAUCACCUGUAACACCUCCUUUUGUCUUGCCUUUAAUAAUAGUUUCAACGUUUGCUUGAACAGUAGAUCAACUAACCUUUCAGGUUUUUGUUGUAAUCUUCAGAUUUAAGACUUGCAAAUGGUGGAUCGAGUGCGAGUGGGCGAGUGGAAGUUAGGUAUCAAGGUUCUUGGGGAACAAUUUGUAAACACAACUGGGAUAUAAAUGCUAGUAACUUAGUCUGCAAACAGUUGGGAUACAAGCGAGCAGAAUCGGUGGCUAAAUUUGGUCCUGGAUCAGGUCAGAUUUUCCUGGAUAAUGUACAGUGUAAGGGAAAUGAACCGGGCCUGUCUUUCUGUCGUCACCGGGGCUGGUUUGCUCAUAACUGCACCCACAAUGAUGAUGUCGGAGUAGUCUGUACAAACGGUAAGAAAAGACGUAUUAACUUGGCUCCGAGGCUUGGGGAAAUACGGUAAAGAAGAAAGGUGUUACCCAAAGUGAUGUCUGUUGUUUCAUUCCCAAUGCCUGAAGGUCAAUUAUGAAGUUUAAUAUUUCGAAAUGGGUUGUUAAACAGAACACUUAUUUAAUGGCCUCACCCCCUCCCCCACAAGUGGUAUGCAAACAAAGCGCAACAUAAACAGACUGCCACAAAUAAAUCGCUCUGCUGGAUAGUAUUCACUUAUGAUCUUGAUGUGUAAACAAUUGCAUUUUUUAAAUUUUCAUAUCUAGAAAUUUGCAAUUCCAUUACAUUCCCUUUGCUUUCUAGCUGCUGUUGGAUUAGCAGUGGCGUGGGAUCCAGGAGGGGUGGGGUGGGGGGUUCGGAAUCCCUUAAAUAUAUCCGUCAGACGUGACGAUUUUUUAUAGGCAGUGCUUCAGCUAACUGACAUGAAAUUGAAAUAACCCCAGAUCAGUCACUUACAAUUUUCAUCUCGUAAAUAAAAAAUAAAACGUACCUUUCACGAGUUGCGUUUCAGCUUUAGCAUUGGUUAUCUGGACAAAGUUAUUACAAGGGACGAUUGUAGAAUGCCACAUGUACUGCACGUAUCAUGAUGGUGUGGGUCUAACUAAUAGAAAACAAUGUGUUACGGCAUGGAAGAAUGGAAAUAGGCGCUUUGCAGAUAGUCAUUGCACUUGCUACCGCCAUGCUGGACAGCAAGGGACUCACUUGGACCAGACAAACAAAAGGCUUAAAAUGCAUCGCUUAAAAUAAUAAUUUCCUUUGUUUUUCUUGUCAUAGCCAGCGAGCAGGCUCACUUGUGCGAGUGCGGGAGCUCGGAGCUGACAGCACGCGAGGAAAAGAGAUAGUAUAACUUUUUCCUCGCGCGCUGUACAACUCGUACAAGUGAGUCUGCUCGCACGGUAGUCUUCGUCUCAGGCAUCUCUUGCUCUCCAGUAAGGCCGUUGAACCACGUGAAUGACAAGCUGCAAAGGCCUGUUAUUGGCUUCAACGGUGUGCACAAGUUGAACACCCCUCGGAACGAAAAUACCUCGGUCCGUGUUUGAUGAGUGUCUUCAAUCAUAAGGUGAUUUAAAAACUUGUUUUUUUACUUUUCUUGAAGCAACCUGCAGUCAAAAGGUACCAUGUAAAAACGGUGGCUCAUGUGACUCUGGCGUUUGUAACUGUGCGCAGUACUUCGUCGGAGAAUUAUGCCAGCUGCCUGUAGGUAAGAAAACCUAACACUUGAAUUGAAAUAGAUGAAAUGACUCAUAUUUUGAACUGCUGAUUAAGAUAUGAAAUUGAGCAUGAUCUUCGCAGUAGAAUGAACAACUUAAGCGGUUGAAAAAAAAAUCUGAAAAAAUUCAGGGUUCGAUUCCCGGUCAAGCCUGAAUUUUUCAGGUUCUUUUUCAUCCGCUUAGGUUGUUCAUUCUUAUACCGCGAAGAUCAUGUUCACUUUGAUAAACACUUUAAGUGAUCUGUGACUGUCUGUAGUUUAGUUGAAGUGGGUUAAAUAAUCCAGCUGGUAAUGGCCUGACAAGGAGAAUGGUAGAUAUCAGUUUGGACACAAAAUGGUUCUCAGACAAGUCACUCAUUCCGUUGUGAAGCGAAGAGCAGUGUCUGUCUGCGCCCUUCCCCAAGCAGUUAAUCAUUUGGUUUGCUAACAACACAACACUAACUGACCUAGUCCUGGCUUCAAGAAAACAUAAUGGAACCCUGGCACUAUGCUAGGACUGGGAAUAUGUGAUCAUCACUGCUAAAUAUUGUUAUAAACGGAUUUUGUGAGAAGACACCCAACGUCUUUGUUGGUAUGACGUCCUAACAGUAACGGUGUUUAGAUGCAUUACUCAGCAUGGACGGGACUUAGCUAAACAUUCGAUUUUGAUCCCCCUCUUGGGGUUACCGGAUACCUUCGGGGGUGUCUCAGCUUCAAGAGAUGCAGCGUGUCCCGGUUAAACUGCAGAUACCUAAAAUCCUAUAUCAAAUUACAGCUUAUUGAACUGGCUUUCUUAAUAAACCAACAAGUAUAUUUCACAAACUCCGGUCGAAAUAUAUGAGAAUAAACUAGGUAUUGUCUGCUUAUUCGUGCUUCGAUCCACGCUUUUAACACCCCUUAGGGUACCCCCUAAAGAUCUAAAGUAAUCCCAUCAAGCCUUGGGCCUCAACCAUGUGCUCCCAGGUUUCCGCUGUGCUUCUAUCCAUAGACAGGUGAGUAUUUUUCGCUCGUAUUCGAGCUUUUAUUUCUCCCCCUUUUUGUUGUUUUAGCUUACUGUUUUCUUGUAGGAGUUUUAUCUACGGUGAUUUACUUCAACUACGAAAUUUCGAGGCCAGAUACGAUGCCGCCACAUCGCAAACGUAAAUCACGGUCACAUUCUCCUUCCCGCCAUUCGAACGAUCGGGACUCGCCAUCUUCACCCAAACGUCGUCCUUCAAUAGACAAUGACAAGCUGGAGUCCCUUCUGCAGACUCUCUAGUCUCUUCAAAAUGUUACCAAUUAUGAUAGCCGUCUGGCCCUUUUUGAGUCCCGCUUUUAACAACAGAAAACGGCCCUCGAGCGGGAUUGUAUUACCGACUACGACGCCAUUUUCCUGCUGGGAUCUGAAGACAUCGCGCUCGAUUGUGUUAAUGAAGAGGGGGCUAUUAAGCCAUCAAACGAGGCAGAAUUGCCAACAAAUGAGGCUACUAAGCCAUCGAACGGCACUUCGAGUUCGGGCAUUGUAAACUCAAGUUCAAAUGAGAACACCGAAGGGGCAUGUUAUGACCCCGACGCUUCUGUCACAUGCUGGAAACCGUCCAAGGAUUUUUCCUCAUUCUUGGAAAAGAAUUUCCGUCGGAAACUAAGUUAUGAUCAAGUCCUGGAUGUUUUGGAAACGAACAGUGUUUACUCUGUUGACGCUUUAGCGUCUCCUACCCUUGAUCUAGCGAUCAUCAACCAGAUCUCAAAUCCACUGUCCAAGAAACUUGUUCAAGAACGUGAUAAGGAAAUAGUUUCUGUCCAGCGUUCUGUACUUAAUGCGACUGGCCCCUUGUGUUGUCUACAUGAUGCCCUUGAAUCGAAUGACAAUAUUAAUGUCUCUAAUAAGGAUGUAAAGUUUAUGUUAGAGCAGGCACUAUGCCUUCUUGGUUCUGCUAAUUAUCAGAUUUCAGUAUUGAGAAGAAAGAAAGAAUGUUAUUUGGGGAUGACUUUCCAUCCCUCGCCUCGAAACAGGCUGACCUGUCACGUGGCCUUUCUAAAAAUCUCUCAUCAAAUGCAAGGCGCCAAGUUUCUAGCUCUACCCAACGUUGUGGAUCUAGGCCAGUCCCCAUGCGGAGCUCCUUUAACUCUGGGUCUUUUACCUCUUCAAAGUACCCUCAGAACCGUCCAAAAAAACGCUUUUUUCGUCCUGAAAGGACGUUCCAACAAGAAUCAACCAGCACCUACCUCAGUGGGAGCAAAUAACGUGAGAUCCAGAGGUGUUAAGUAUUGUAAAGGGUUUUCAAAUAGAUUUUCAUUCAACCCCAGUUCAGUCUUGCCCUCCUGUGACAAGGGCAAGUUUUUCAGAAACCCAGUUGAUCGAUGCCGAGGUCCAGGAAUUGUUAAAGAAAGGAGCUAUCCAGGAAGUCAGUCCCUCAGACCAGGCCUUUUACAACGGUCUAUUUCUUGUUCCCAAGAAAGAGGGCACUUACCCGCCCGUGAUAGAGUUGAGUUCAUUAAAGCGUUUUGUUCCCCACGUUCAUUUUCAGAUCGAGGGGCUCCAUUGUUUAAAGACCCUUCUAAGGAAAGGGGACUACAUGACAAGUAUAGAUCUAAAAGACACAUAUCUUUCCGUUCCAAUUCACAAAUCCUCUCAAAGGUUUCUUCGUUUCAUCUGGGGCACAAAACACUACACCUUUCUGGGUCUCCCUUUCGGUCUCAGUUCAGCACCCCGAAUAUUCACCAAGCUCCUGAAACCUGUAGCCGCCUUCCUGAGGAAGCAGGGGUAUCGCAUAAUAAUUUAUUUAGACGACGUCCUUCUUCUUCUUGCCUCCUCCAAAGAGGAAGCAUUGCGUCUAACUUAAAUGUCGUUAAGUCUAUUACAGUCCCUGGGCUUUCUCAUAAACUGGACGAAAUCAACACUGUCCCCCGUUCAGUCAAUAACAUACCUCGGUUUUGUCAUAAGCUCUGUGAAUAUGACCAUUUACUUAUCAGAAGCCAAAGUUCAAAGGGUUUAUGCAGUUUGCAUAAACUCUCUCUCUCAACCUCAAAUGUCAGGAAGACAGCUAGCCAGCCUUCUAGGAACCCUGGAGUCUUGUCGCCUUGCCAUAUGGGUAGCCCCCUUGCACCUAAGGGCUCUUCAAAUCCUGCUCAUACAAACCCUGAGGAACCACCAGUUCGACUACAACUGUCCAGUAUUUCUCAAUCUCAAGUCUCGAGCAGAGCUAACCUGGUGGCUAAACAAUUUACACAAGGUCAACGGCAGCCCUGUUUCUCCCCCACCACAGGAUCUCACAAUUCUCUCAGAUGCUUUAAUGCAAGGUUGGGGUGCCACGUGUCAGGGCAAGUCCACUAACGGCAAAUGGUCCAGUCAGGAAUCAAUCCAGCACAUCAACCUCCUGGAAUUAAAAGCAGCAUUUCUUGUCCUCAAAACAUUCCCUUUAUUGACGUUGGACAACUCCAUGGCAGUACCUUAUCUCAACAACAAAGGAGGCACCCACUCAGUUCCUCUGAUGUCCUUAGCUCUGGAAAUCUGGACAUGGUGUCUUCAGAGAAACGUCUUAAUUUCAGCACAGCAUGUUCCUGGAAAAGAAAAUACUAUAGCCGACUUAGAGUCUCGUACCUUCCUUGACUCAACCGACUGGCAACUCGAUCCAACGGUAAUCUCACCCUUCCUUUCAAAUUGCAACACGGAUCUUUUUGCCAGCCGCCUAACAGCACAGCUACCCCAAUAUGUAAGUUGGCGACCAGGUCCAGGAGCAUUUCAUAUAGACGCUCUAACACUUCACUGGAAGUCUCUGAUGGGUUAUGCUUCUCCCCCCCCCCCCCCCCCCCCCCCAUCUAAUUCCCGAAUCUCUCAACAAGCGCAUUAACGCAUUUGCCAAACUCCUUAUUUUCAGCCUCUAAGGCGACCUUGUGCCCUCGACCCCCCUUCCCCACCCGGCGUGGUAGCCCUUCCCCGGUUUUUCUCCCCUCUUCUUUUAAAUUCUAACCCGCGUUUUUUUUCCCCCCCCGCCCCAACCCCUGCUCCCCCAAAAGUGGUGUGGGGGCCAGGGCCCGGGGGUUUUUAUUGAUAGCCCCCCAACUUCCCCCUUGGGGUUCUCUGGGGUUUAGUUUUCCCCCCCCCCCCCCCCCGCCUCUCCCUUCAAUCUAAUUCCAGUAGUUCUCAACAAGGUGAUUCAGGACAUUGCAGAUCUGCUUCUUGUAGCUCCAAUUUGGCAAGCUCAGCCUUGGUGGCCCAUCCUAUUGAGUCCUCUAGUCAGCAACCCUGUGUUACUUCCACGCAGUCAACACCUCAUGCGGAUCUCUCAGAUCCAAGCAAGGUACAUGCAAUGUUCCCUCGCCUUCAUCUGACCGUGUGUCGAAUCUCCAGCAGUACUAUCAAACAGAAGGCUUUCCUGGACAGGUUACCAAACUUCUCCUCUCAGCAACUCGAUCUUCCACUCGAAAGGCCUACCAAUCAGCAGGGUCCUGCUGGAGUCGCUGGUGUGCUAAAGGGAAAAUUUAUCCUGUUUCAGCCCCACUCUCAAAAAUUCUUGAGUUUUUAGCAAUUGCUUUUUCAGAUGGUUUGGCGUACCGGUCCAUAAAUGUUCUGCGUUCAGCUCUUUCAUCUACACAUUCCAGGAUAGACAACUUCCUUGUUGGCCAACAUCCUCCUGUCACCAAGCUCAUGAAGGGUAUACUGAACUGCCGCCCACCAAAGCCACGAUACUCAUAUACUUGGGAUGUCAAGAAAGUGACAGCACACCUUGCCUCCUUGGGAAGUAACAACUCCCUAUCCCUGAAGCAGUUGUCAAGGAAACUUGUUAUGCUCUUUGCCCUGGCUUGUUCAGAAAGGACUGGCUAAAUUAGAUCUUAGAUACUGUAGAGUCAUCCCAGAAGGAGUUGUUUUUUCCCUUACUUCUCCAAGAAAGCGUGGCAACCCUAAUCAGCUAGCUCAGGCCUUCCUAGCUCGUUUUCCUCACAAUCAAAAAUUAUGCCCUGUCGAGACCUUUCGUCAUUACCUUAAGAAGACGUGCUCAGUUCGCCCCACUGUACCCUGCUCCAAACCAGACCCUCUGUUCAUCUCAUAUGCAAAGCCUCACAAAGCCAUUUCCUCUGCUACUAUGGGGCGCUGGCUCCGCCUUUCCAUUCAAGAUGCUGAUAUCAAUACAAACAUCUUCAAGGCCCACUCUCUGCGGCAGCCAAUGGCAGUGUUUCUCUGGAUGAGAUUAUGAAAAUAGCUGAUGGUUCAUGUUCCUCCACCUUCCAGAAAUUCUACUACAAGCCAGUAUUCAAUUCCAAAUAAUACUCUUUAAAAUAUUUUUCAGUUUUUCUAUUAAACUGUAAAAUUCGUCAUUCAUUUUCUACUUGGAAGGAAAAUCACUAUGUUUGCCCCUUUUCAGGAAUAUCACAGAAAUUGUGAAAAACAUUAAGUUUAUAUGGUUUUGGGGGACGCUGUAACAAAAUUACAGACGUUUGUAUGGAUUUUUAACCAUGUUUCAAGGGUUAUAACUUGAUCCCUGUCCAACCUUAGAGCACCAAGCUUGGUCAAAUAACCAAUCUCAACAUGACCUUUUAUUUGGUGGUGUCAGUUUAUCGAUUAGUUUAAAUUUGAAACUCGCCCCAGUUCCCUACGCAACUCCGAAAUGGCCAAUUAAUGUCACCACAGAGGGCCACAAGCAUUUAGGCACGGCUCUAGGAUCAAGAUCGUUCCUUGAAGAAUAUUUUGGCUAGAAAGUGGAGGAAUUGGUCAAUGAAAUUACUAAACCCGCAGAUUUCGCCAUAUCACAGCCUCAAGCCUGCUAUGCAGCCUUCACUUUUGGUCUGCGGCACCGUUGGACAUAUUUCCUACGAACAUUACCGGAUAUUGCAGAAUUACUUGAGCCACAAUAAAAAUUAAUGCUCCGGAUCAAAACCCACCAACCAUGAGCGACUUUCGUGAUACACCAACCACUAGCAGCCUUAGUGGUACAAAUAGUCCUACUCAGUGAAUCAACAUUGUAGGUCAAUCGAAAACAAAUUCCUUUGAGUUUUCACUUUCGGAAGCUGAUCCUCGCGGUCGCAUUGAAAGAAAAUAUAUGUAAAAAAACAGUGCAAGUUUUUAAAAAAGUGUUUAAUAUGUUUAAUUAUUAAUAUAGUUUUUUCAGUAAGCUUUGAUUUGAUAAAUUAUAGGGCCUUAGGCCUAGGCCAAACGUGGAACUUUUCAUGAGUCGAACCAAACUUCGCGAGUGAAGUUCAUGAAGAGUUCGACUGCUUGCUCAGUUGACUUCGUCUGAAUGAGUUUGGAUCGUCCAACACGUUCUCAGUGUAUCCGGGACAAAAGUCAAUCUUCACAUUGGACGAACUAAACUAAUAAAAGAAAAAUUUGCGACAAUGUAUAUUUAGCCUCAUUGGGCUAAAAUUGCUUUUUUGGUCUGAUUCAGUGUUUUUGGUUCGCGGUGUCCUAAGUUCGACGUCUGACCCAACAGACGAUCUAAAUUUAGGUCGACGCAAAUUGGAGUUUGGUUCUUCUCAUGAAAAGUUCGACGUCUGGCCUAGGUCUUAGGUAUCUGCAAAUUAAGCGGAAUUCGCUAUCCGGUAACCUUAAUAACCUAACGAUUUUACUGUUAUUGUAACAAUGAUGGUUAUGAUUGUAGGUAUACAGCUAUUUGAAUUUCAUUUCGUUAUCGUUGUCACGGUUUUUUUGUUUUUGUUUUUGUUUUUGUUUACAGAAAACAAAACUGUUAAUGUAGAAUUUGAUGUGAAAAUUCAACAGGUAUGAACAUUUCUUUCAGUUUCCUCUGUUGUUUUGAAGACAAAGAAAUGAGUGGGUCGUAAAAACGUGAAUACGUAACGUUUUUUUUCUUUUCAUACAAGCAUCUGACUUUUUUUUAGAUCUCUGCACAUCUUCCUCCUACUUUCGUAACGUGACAAAGGGUCUUUAACCUCUGAUAUGAAUUGCAUCUAGACGGCAGCAUUUUUUUUCAUCCAACUGACUGACUGACUGACUGACUGUCUGACUGUCCCAAGUAAAAUAAUUCCAUUAGUUUCUCAUAUUUUUUCUCAAUUUUCUCUCAAUUGCUUUUAACACUCCCGAGGAGUAAACAGGAUGCAAAACAUAUGGAACAAAUUGCUGUGUUCUCCUAAAACCUACCUUAAAACACUAAUAUCUAGCUUUAGCAUAAGCAGUGGUUCAAGAUGUAUAGAGUAAUAUGUGAAUUGUGUUUGCUGUUUAGUGGAAUAAGACAAGCUUUAUACAUAAUCUGGUUCAAGAUCUUAACAAUUACUGCUCCAGCAGUAACUGUUCCGCAUCUUUAAGGUAAGUGUACCAGCUUUCUUGUAAAUGUCUGCUGUUUGAACUGUCUUUCUUACCGUCCUUGCUUUUCUCAAUGUAAAUUACCUGUCAAGGUUUUAAGUUAAGCAAAUCAACAUUAUAUAUCUUGUUCUCAGCUUGUGUUCCCUGACGGACGAUUAAGCAUCGACAACGAAACGGACGACGACGACGCCUCGCAACCGAGGUAGACUGGGUCAAGGGUUUCAUGUUUGACGGGAAAACGAAGUUUAAGGAGUACAGCUUCUUAGACAGACGACGACUUUCUCUUUGCGAACAACUUUGUCUCGUAACAGUCUUGUUAUGGCAUUCAAAGAGCUCCGUAAUUUGCAUCUUAUAAGCUAUGCCGAUGGUUUAAUCGACGAUAGCGAAUUUAUCGUUCUUUACGACGGACCUGUAUUGUUCGAUUCUGGAGGCUUUCUCUUUGUCGCGCAGCUUUUGGUUUUGUUUUGAAGUUCAAAGUGAAUACAGAUCUCGAACAGCUCUUGACCUGCAGUUACUCGGCUGCUGAAGAGAAUUCAGUGCCGCAUUGUUCUCCCUUAUUUGUCCUCUCUCAGGGCUCCUCAUAACCACACCAUGUCCCGGCGGCGGCGUCGUCUUAUUUCGUCGUCGAUGCUUAAGGUCCCUAUUGAAAUCGUACACGUGCUUACUGGCACUUGUUUCCCAGCCUUGCACGUGCAAGGAGGCAUCGAAAAGUUAAUUGUUGUUAUCGUUUUUUAUUUAUCUCUUAUUUUAACAGCAAGGCACAGAAAAGUCCACUUGUUUUUGAAGACCCUGACAUUCAAAUCGUGGAAGCAGCCAAGAAAAAAGACAAAGGAGUUGCGGUUGGUUUUGUUGUGCUGUACACUGAUGGCAAGGACACUAAGGUGAUGCCCAGAAGCUUCGUACAUAAGUUCAUCACUUCUGAACUUUCUGAGAAUGACAAGCUGGCAGGUUAUCAAGUGAUCAUGGUUGAUGGUAAAGGUACAAAUGAAGGUAAACCAGGAGGCCAACACUCAAACGACAACAAAUCAUCAAAGAAGACGUACAUUUACAUUAUAGUGGGUGUGGUUUUCGGACUUAUUUUCGUUCUGGCCUUGAUCUUCGUGGUAAAAAGGUUAGUUUGCCAUAAAUAAUGUUCACUUUAACCUGCAAGCAAGCACUCAAGUUACAAGGUGCUGAUCCUUGAUUGAGGAAGGAAUAGGAGCUCCUUCACCUUGCUAAUAAAAUCAGUAAUUGCUACUGAAAUUAAAGAACGCAGUAGACACUUGCUUACGAGGUAGAGCAUCUGUGGAAUAUUAAAGCAACGAAAUUUAGGUUUGUCGCGCUUUGUGACUAUCGCUGUACACCAGCCUACUGCCAAUUAUUUUGUGAUUUGCUUCUUUUGGUGUGAAGUCUUCGUCGCUAUCAUUGUUUUUCAGGUACGGCAAAAGACUGAGGGGGAACGGAGGAAGCACGAUACCCAGCCGCCUAAGUGAUCAGAGUUAUCUCGCACUGCACGCUGAAGAUUAUGACGAGUCGAUGGAUGACACAGCCUUGCUGAGGCCGCCACAACAGCCUACUAGUGAAGGAGAUCUUCUGUCUUAA